AUGUCGUCGUCUGAAGGCGCCCCCGAAUCGUGGAUCCCCUCGUUUUGCUCCCUGAUAGGCCAUGAGUACUUCGCGGAGGUGUCCGAGGAUUUUAUCGAGGAUGACUUCAACCUGACGGGGUUGCAGUCCCAGGUGCCCAUGUACAAGGAGGCAUUGGAGAUGAUCCUCGACAAACCGCUGGGUUACCGGAGGGCUGGAGACCGAAGGCAUAUGCGCGUGGCAAGCGACUUGAGCGUCAUAGAGAGUUCCGCAGAGCUGCUUUACGGGUUGAUCCAUCAGCGCUAUAUCACCUCUCGACCAGGCAUCCAGCAGAUGCUGGAGAAGUACGAGAUGCAGCAUUUCGGUGUCUGUCCCCGUGCCUUUUGCAAUGGAUGCAAGGUCCUGCCGGUUGGUCGUACGGAUACCCCUGGACAGGAUACGGUCAAGCUUUUCUGCCCCAGCUGCCAGGACAUCUAUACGCCUCCCAAUAGCCGGUUCCAAUCUGUUGACGGUGCAUUCUUCGGUACGACAUUUGGCUGCCUGUUCUUCAUGACCUUUCCGGACUUGGACAUCGGGCCUCCAAACCAGCCGACACAGAUCAACGGUAUGCUGACGUCCAACCUCGCUCCCGGCCUGGGCCGUGGCAAGGUGUACGAGCCGCGAAUCUAUGGUUUCCGAGUCUCUGAGCGCGCCAAGUCUGGACCCCGUAUGAAGUGGCUUCGAAUGAAGCCUGAUGAUAUCAAUGAGCUUAAUGAGGCAGCGAUAUACCACGCGACUCAUGCUGACGAGGAAGGAGGCGAUGAUGGCGACACGGAGAUGAGUACAGUUGGAGCCACAGCACAGCAGGCAGCGAUUAAUAGGAGGAAGAAGGCACCUCUUCGGAGACGCAGGCCGGCGGCCUCGAGUAAUGUCGGCCAGAUGAGUCUUAAUGGUGGAGAGGCCGGUUAA